GCACCGUAGAAACGAACAACUUCAGCGUGUUUCCGAGCUACACCGUAGUUAUGAUGCAUUACAAUAUCCGAUAUUAUUGUGGAGAGGUGAUGACGGCUAUCACAUCAAUAUGCGAUUGAUGAAUCCAACUACUGGCCAAGAAACACCGAAAAAACUCAGUGCGAUGAACUUCUAUUCGUACAGAAUAAUGAUUCGUCCGCAAGAAGAUAACUACAUCCUGAAAUGUCGCAAGCUUUUCUAUCAGUAUUUGGUUGACAUGUAUGCGGAGAUCGAGACCGAACGUGUCAACUUUAUUCGAUUCAACCAAGCGAAAUUGCGUUCUGAAGAGUACAUCCAUUUGAGAGACGCCGUAAUGAAUGAUGCAAAUGUGAAUAGCAUUGGACGUCUGACAAUAUUGCCAGCCACAUACAUCGGCAGUCCGCGCCAUAUGCACGAGUAUGCGCAAGAUGCGAUGUCGUAUGUGCGCCAUUACGGCAGACCGGAUCUGUUCAUAACGCUCACGUGCAAUCCCAAGUGGAAUGACAUCAAAUGCCAUUUGUUCCCCGGUCAAUCAACAACUGAUCGUCACGACUUGACAGCACGUGCAUUCAGGGAAAAGCAAAAAGCAAUGAUGGAUUUAAUUGUGAAACUUUGUGUUUUUGGAGAAGUUCGAUGCUGGAUGUAGUCGAUCGAAUGGCAGAAAAGAGGAUUACCGCAUACACACAUCUUGAUUUGGUUAGUUCGCAAAAUACGACCAGAUCAGAUUGACAAAGUCAUCUCAGCGGAAAUUCCAGAUGAAGCAAUCGACCCACAAUUGUUCGACGUUGUAACAAAAAACAUGAUCCACGGCCCUUGAGGCGCUAUUAAUCCAACGUCACCAUGCAUGAUUGACAAUAAGUGUUCAAAGCGCUAUCCUAGAGCUUUAGUU